AUGUCUUUGGUUUGCGCAAGUAAGUUGAACAUGCUUCUGAAGUUGAAUGAGCUAGCUAGCUUACAUUAGCACUCUGCUAGCUAGUUUGGCUAACUAGCUAGCUAGUAACUGAUGCAUUGUAUUUGUAGUCUACUGUCAUUUUUCUACAACAUCUUAUUCGGGGUGGCCUACUAGUUAUAUUAGCUAACCGUGACCGCUCUAAUCUAUUCAUGAAUCGAUAGCUAAUAAUUGUAUGUAUCCACUUAUGUUCUCCCACUCAGUUUCCAAUGAGGUCCCGGAGCACCCCUGCGUGUCCCCGGUGUCCAACCAGGUGUUCGAGCGUCGACUGAUCGAGAAGUUCAUCGCGGAGAAUGGAGUGGACCCCAUGAAUAGCCAACCGCUGUCGGAGGAGCAACUUAUCGAUAUUAAAGGUAAACAGAGGGCGGGGAUAUACUGUUAACGUAACCGGUCGACUCAAUUACAUCAAGUAUGUAUUUAUGUACUGAUUUUAGUUUUGACUUCGAAGGAAAUCUAAGAUGGUUCCAUGUAUUCGAAGAAACAUUCUUGUAAUGAAUUUGAAUCAAUGUUGUGCUACCUUUCUUCUGUUGCCCAGUGUCUCAUCCUAUCCGACCAAAGGCUCCAUCCGCUACCAGUAUCCCUGCCAUACUCAAGUCUCUGCAAGAUGAGUGGGUGAGUGUCUAGACAGUCUGGAGUUUGUAGUCUAGCUGUGGACAGUGUUACAACAGAAUACUCUUCCUCAGUAUUAUUACAUCUUUCCCUUAAUGUCUUCUGUCUCUUUCAAGGAUGCGGUCAUGUUGCACAGUUUCACUCUGAGGCAGCAGCUGCAGACGACUCGCCAGGAGCUUUCUCACGCCCUCUACCAGCAUGACGCAGCCUGCAGAGUCAUUGCCCGUCUCACCAAGGAGGUCACUGCAGCCAGAGAGGGUAAGAGAGGGCCAAGGGAGCUCUAGUGGGGAUCUCCUAUAGUCUGAAGUCACUUCCUUAUCUUCUCUCCUUCACUGACCUGUGAAGACAAAUGCUUACUCUUUGCCCAUUCUCCCAUUCAACAGCCCUGGCCACACUCAAGCCCCAAGCCGGAUUGGUCGCCCCUCAGGCUAUGUCCGCCUCUCAGCCAGCCGCUGGGGUGAGUGAUUAGCGCUGAUUCCCAUCCAUCAAACAGGAUUUCUGUCCAUCAGAGAUUGAGGAUAGAUGCUCUCUCUCUUUUCUAAGUCAUCUUCUCUCUGUUGUUUUGCCCCUCCCUUUCUCAGGGUGCUGGUGGGGAGCCCAUGGAGGUUAGUGAGCAGGUGGGAAUGACUCCAGAGAUCAUCCAGAAGGUAAGAGCUAAUUUCCUCUUCUUCUUUUUACGCCCUGUGAUUAGUGUUCUCAUUACUCUGAGACCCUCUCAAUAUGGGAAUGGAUUUGUGGUUCAUUGAAUUCUGAUUCGUCUCUUUCCCGCUCCUCUACUGUUCUGUUUUCAGCUUCAAGAUAAGGCCACUGUCCUUACCACAGAGAGAAAGAAGGUACGAUUUUCAUUCAAGAAAAUGUCUGUGUCAUGCGUUGUAGGAUUGCAGAGAUGGAUGAUAAACCACUCAAUAUUUUAAUACACCCUCUCAUUUUGCCCCUUAUGUUUGCUCACUCCUCCCUUUCUCUUCCUAACCAGAGAGGCAAGACCGUGCCAGAGGAGCUGGUCAGGGCUGAGGAUCUGAGCAAGUACCGCCAAGUGGCUUCACACGCUGUGAGUACUACUGUCUGUCUGUCUGUCUGUUUGUAGGACUGUAAUAACCUGUAGUUGGACUGACUGCUGCUUAGCAAUACUAUCUGAGGUUGCCCUUAGCUGUCUGUCUGUCCAUAUAGUGACCAUGUUCUUUUGAAUAUCUCAGGGACUUCACAGUGCCAGUGUCCCAGGAAUCCUGUGUAUGGACCUCUGUCCUUCAGACACCAAUAAAGUACUCACUGGUAAGCACCCAGGCACCCCUGCUGUUUCUAACAGCUUUUUAUUUUCUCUCAAUCUCUUUUUCUUGCAUAUCUAAAUAGAACUACCAAUCAAAUGUAAUUGAUGACUGUAUCUUGUGUUGCCAGGUGGGGCUGAUAAGAAUGUGGUGGUGUUUGACAAGAAGGAGGAGCAGAUCAUUGCCACCCUCAAGGGUCACACCAAGAAGGUCACCUCUGUCAUCUACCACCCCUCCCAGGUAACAGACCUGUCUAUACACCUGUCUAGCUCCUAACAUUUUAUGGAAAUGAACUCAAUGAUGACCUCAACUCCUGACCGCCACUUUUCAACAUUGUGAUACAGUGAAAUUUAAAAAAAUAGUUAAAGAUGACUUGAUUUGUGGUAUCUCUAUACCCCAGUUUAAAAUGUGCUGUGUUGUAGUUUGUAAAUCUCACUUGCCUAAUUUCCUUCCACACUUUCGUAUUUUGUUUGUAUUUUCUGUCUUUCUUUCCUCUCCAGUCUGUGGUGUUCUCUGCCUCUCCAGACAGCACCAUCCGGGUGUGGUCUGUUACUGGGGGCAACUGUGUCCAGGUGGUGCGAGCUCACGAGGCGAGCGUGACUGGGCUGUCACUUCACGCCACUGGAGAUUACCUGCUCAGCUCUUCUGAAGACCAGGUCAGUCCAUUGUACUGUUAGAACACCUGAGUCCAGCAUAUUGUUACAACUCCUGAGUCAACUGGUCCGUUGAAUAGAAUGGCACCAGCUGCACUGUUGUCAAUAGUAAAUGUAAUGGCACCUCUGUGUGUGUUGGUAAAUGUAUGCUAACACUGCAUUCUUUUCAUUCUCUCUCUGUGUCUUUCUCUCUCUCUGUCUCUCAGUACUGGGCCUUCUCUGAUAUCCAAACAGGCCGAGUCCUUACCAAAGUCACAGAUGAGGCUGCUGGUGUUGGUAAGUGUGUUUGUGGUCAGGUCUACGCAUAUGGACACAAAAGCUGGGUUACUAUUUUUGUCUCUUAUACAGUUGAAGUCAGAAGUUUACAUACACUUAGGUUGGAGUCAUUAAAACUCGCUUUUCAACCACUCCACACAUUUCUUGUUAACAAACUGUAGUUUUGGCAAAUCUGUUAGGACAGCUACUUUGAGCAUGACACAAGUAAUUGUUCCAACAAUUGUUUACAGACAGAUUAUUUCACUUAUAAUUCACUGUAUCACAAUUCCAGUGGGUCAGAAGUUGACUGUGCCUUUUAAACAGCUUGGAAAAUUCCAGAAAAUGAUGUCAUGGCUUUAGAAGCUUCUGAUAGGCUAAUUGACAUCAUUUGAGUCAAUUGGAGGUGUACCUGUGGAUGUAUUUCAAGGCCUACAUUCAAACUCAGUGCCUCUUUGCUUGACAUCAUGGGAAAAUCAAAAGAAAUCAGCCAAGGGCUCAGACAUUUUUUUGUAGACUUCCACAAGUCUGGUUUAUCCUUGGGAGCAAUUUCCAAACGCCUGAAGGUACCACAUUCAUCUGUACAAACAAUAGUACGCAAGUAUAAACACCAUGGGACCACGCAGCCAUCAUACCUCUCAGGAAGGAGAAGCGUUCUGUCUCCUAGAGAUGAACGUACUUUGGUGUGAAAAGUGCAAAUCAAUCCCAGAACAACAGCAAAGGACCUUGUGAAGAUGCUGGAGGAAACGGGUACAAAAGUAUCUAUAUCCACAGUAAAACGAGUCCUAUAUCGACAUAACCUGAAAGGCCGCUCAGCAAGGAAGAAGCCACUGCUCCGAAAACCGCCAUAAAAAAUACAGACUACGGUUUGCAACUGCACAUGGGGACAAAGAUCAUACUUCUUGGAGAAAUGUCCUCUGGUCUGAUGAAACAAAAAUAGAACUGUUUGGCCAUAAUGACCAUCGUUAUGUUUGGAGGAAAAAGGGGGUUGCUUGCAAGCCGAAGAACACCAUCCUAACCGUGAAGCACAGAGGUGGCAGCAUCAUGCUGUGGAGGUGCUUUGCUGCAGGAGGGACUGGUGCACUUCACAAAAUAGAUGGCAUCAUGAGGAAGGAAGAUUGUGUGGAUAUAUUGAAGCAACAUCUCAAGACAUCAGUCAGGAAGUUAAAGCUAGGUCGCAAAUGGGUCUUCCAAAUGGACAAUGACCCCAAGCAUACUUCCAAAGUUGUGGCAAAAUGGCUUAAGGACAACAAAGUCAAGGUAUUGGAGUGGCCAUCACAAAGCCCUGACCUCAAUCCUAUAGAAAAGUUGUGGGCAGAACUGAAAAAGCUUGUGCGAGCAAGGAGGCCUACAAACCUGACUCAGUUACACCAGCUCUGUCAGGAGGAAUGGGCCAGAAUUCACCCAACUUAUUGUGGGAAGCUUGUGGAAGGCUACCUUCCUAAUACGUUUCGACGUUUGACCCAAGUUAAAUAAUUUAAAGGCAAUGCUACCAAAUACUAAUUGAGUGUAUGUAAACUUCUGACCCACUGGGAAUGUGAUGAAAGAAAUAAAAGCUGAAAUAAAUCAUUCUCUCUACUAUUAUUCUGACAUUUCACAUUCUUAAAAUAAAGUGGUGAUCCUAACUGACCUAAGACAGGGAAUGUUUACUAGGAUUAAAUGUCAGAAAUUGUGAAAAACUGAGUUUAAAUGUAUUUGGCUAAGGUGUAUGUAAACUUCCGACUUCAAUUGUAUCUCUACCCCCUCCUCUACCCAGCUCUGACUUGUGCUCAGUUCCACCCUGAUGGUCUGAUCUUUGGGACGGGAACUGCCGACUCCCAGAUCAAGAUCUGGGAUCUGAAGGAGCGCACAAACGUGGCCAACUUCCCCGGCCACUCUGGACCUGUCACCUCCAUCGCCUUCUCUGAGAACGGAUACUACCUGGCCACAGGUCAGUCUCUCUCCAACCUCACAAAACAGUGUAAAUAAUGUUGGAUUUCUCAUGGAUUCCCUGACCCAGUCUCUCUCUCUGUGUUCUAGGUGCCCAGGACAGCUCUGUGAAGCUGUGGGAUCUGAGGAAACUGAAGAACUUCAAGACCAUCGCCCUGGACAACAACUAUGAGGUGAGAAUGAGAGACAGUGCAGAGUCUGUUAGCUACAGAUAUGGAUCAACUUCUCACUAAUUAAUUUACUGCAAAUAACAUGGUUAUUUCUUGCAGAGUUUUUCAUUGGAACCUUAUUUACUCUCUCUCAGGUUAAGUCUCUGGUGUUUGAUCAGAGUGGUACAUACUUGGCUGUGGGUGGAUCCGACAUCAGGGUGUACAUCUGCAAGCAGUGGUCUGAGGUCCUCAACUUCAGCGGUGAGAAAAACAACCGAACAGAAUAUCUAAAUUCAACCUUCAUCAGACCACUGUACAAAUCAUACAUACAAAUCGUUAGGAAAAACUCAGUGUCCUAUGGCGUCAACUUACAGAGUCAACUUAAACAUGUCUUUUAAAAAAUCCAUUUCUUUCCUCUUUUUCCAGACCACUCUGGCCUGGUGACAGGGGUGGCGUUCGGAGACAAUGCUCAGUUCCUUUCCUCCGCUGGAAUGGACAGAAGCCUCAAGUUCUACAGCCUGUAG